UCUAAUAAAUAUGGGACACAUUUUGAAAGAAUCUGGAUCAAGUUAUGAUAAAGUUGUUAAAACAACAAUCCUCUUAAACAGUAUAAAUGAUUUUGCUGGAGUAAAUGAAGUUUACAAAGAAUUUUUCACAGAUAACUAUCCAGCACGAUCCACAUUUCAAGUUGGAAAAUUACCUAUGGGAGCUCAAAUUGAGAUUGAAGCUAUUGCUGUUACUGGGGAUGUAGAAACAAAAUUGUAACGUGAAAGUAUUUCAAUGUUAUGUCAAGUAUAUUUUUUUCUAAGAUCCAAACUAGUACUAUUAUGUUUUAUACUAAAGUAAGUAAAUAUAUGUAGAACGAAGUAGUGACAUAAAUGAUGAAUACAAAAAUAAGUUUCUUUCUUUGUAUGCUACUAAAUAUAUUAUUUUAUAAGCAGUAAAAUUAAUGUUCUUCUUGA